AUGGAUAAAGGCGAUAUCGCAAAUUGUUCAACGUAUCGGCCAAUCCGGCUGAUGAGCCACACUCCGAAGAUCUUCAAAAGAGUACAUGAAACACGACUUCGAGCGAUCAUAGAGUUGUCCAAUCAAUGCGGAUAUGUAAAGGGUGCCGGUACUGCUGACGCCAUCCAUACUGUACGGAUAGUAAUGAAGAAGUAUAGAGAAAAACGGAGAGAGCUGCAUGCGGCUUUCCUCGAUAUGGAGGAAGCUUUCGACAAUGUACCCCAUGAUGUCAUAUAG